AUGUGGAAUCCCAAUGCUGGGCAGCCAGGGCCAUAUCCACACCCCAUUAACGGUGGGUAUCCUGGAGGCUGCAAUCCUUCCCAUCUGUUACCUGCCAACCCUACCUUUCCUCCAGACCCCUUUCCCACUCCCCCAGGAGCACACGAGGGGAAUCCAGGCUUGCCCCCUUGCAGACCCUGUCAUCCUAUACCACAGCCAGGAUAUCCAGGAUGCCAGUCCUCAGAUCCCUACCCCUCUCCAUACCCACCACCUGGCCCUGGCAUGUGUCCUGUGAAUUCAUUGGUUCCUGGUAUAGUAGGAUCAGGAACAGUGAUUGACCAGAAGGUGCAGGAGAAAAUGAAGAAAACUCUUAAAAAGCAGCAGAAACACCAUAAACAUGGCAAGCAUUCCUCCUCCUCCUCCUCCUCCAGCAGUGACUCUGACUGA